UAACAGCCUAACUAGAGAGACUUCCAUUGAAUGUAAGGUGACUUUUCUGACAAUUCAUAUGUGCAUGUAAACUACAGAUUAGAAGGAACAUGGCGGUUGUUUUGAAGUUCGGAAUCCUGUGCAUACUUAUAAUAUCAUUGUUUGAAAGCGGAAUAUCGCAAAGGUCUCCACCAAUUUUUGACUCUUCUAAUCUACUGCAGUUCAGUGAAGGCUGUUCAACUAGAAUUUUGGCCACUGUGACAGCCCGUGGUUAUAAUGGAGUAAUAAUCAUAUCAGCUAAUGAUUAUGCUACACGUGCUAAAGUAGACGUUUUACAAACAAGCAGCGACAACUCAGCUGGCUUUAGUACAACGGUCCAAAUUAAACAGAAAGCAUGUAUGGACAGAGAGACGGAAAGUGUAUGGUAUUUACAAUUAUUGGCCGAGGAUUCGACAAACAUGAAGUCAAUCGAAACACUGCAAAUCUACAUUAUAGAUGUCAACGAUGAACACCCUUCAUUUUCAUCAAAACAUUUCCAAAUAACCGUGUCUGAGAAAACACUUCCGUCUACAGAGGUAAUAAAAGUAACAGCUACUGAUCCUGACAAUGGCAUUGGUGGAGUAGUAAGAUAUACGCUUGAACCAGAAGGUCCAGUAAGUAUUAAAAUAGCGAUAGAACAUACUAAUUGGAUAUACAAACUUGUAGGUGGAAAACAAACGAAAUUUCAAAAACGACGAAAAGUGAAACAACAAAACAUAUGA